ACUUUAUGAACUUCUUCCUGCUCACACCACCUGUGACCACUACAAUCAUCUUGACGUCCUUCAACUCUGGAAUUCAUCAAGCAGCAAUCUCUUUACCACCACUCUUCCACAAUGUUCUGGACCAUAGGGUGCAUCUAUGGAGCUUCGUCCGUUAUGUUAGGCGCGUUCGGAGCGCAUGGACUGAAGAAACACAUUUCUGAUCCAUCUAAGAUCGCAAAUUGGGGAACGGCAGCUCAAUAUCAGUUGAUUCAUUCUGGCGUACUACUCCUCACAGCCUCUGUGGCGCCCAAGAACAAGGCCGCCGCCGUGCUAUUCACUGCUGGCAUGACGAUGUUUUCUGGGAGUUUGUACCUUCUUGUCCUGGAUCCGCAGCGGUUCAAGGCUCUGGGUCCGGUCACGCCAAUCGGUGGAUUGUGCUUGAUCGCGGGAUGGGGAGCGCUCGCGUUCGGCAGUAGAGGCAGAUUCGUUGCGUGAAGAACGAAGGUCUUGCAGUCAUAAGGAAAAGGUUCAGUGUAUGUAUUACAAAGCUAAAGACCAUACCCGUACUUCGCAGGCGACGACACUGUCCUCCACUCAACACAUCUGCACGACGCGUCCUUCUGUCUUAUCCAUUGUUGUCUAGUCCUGGCCCAGAGUCUUCUCCAACUCAUAAAAGUUCCUUGCGCUGUCUGCGAUGGUCUCCUCGAAACCUUGAUAAUCUACUCCCAGCACCUCUCGGGACUUUGUGUUGUCCGCCUUGAGGAGUUCGGGCUUCAGGGCGUGGCUUCCUGGGUUGCCGAGCGGGAUGCGUUCAUCCCAUUCUGGAACAGCCUUUCGUACGAUGUCGGCGAUCU